GCCAUGGACCAGAUAUUCGGCGGGCUCAAGAGCUUCGUGAAGAUCGAAGCCAUCGUCACCGACAACCACGCGUUCCGGCUGCACUACAAGGUGACGUGCGCGCUUCUCAUCGCCUUCAGUAUCCUGGUCACCAGUCGACAGUACAUCGGGGACCCCAUCGACUGCAUCACCAAGGACAGCGUUCCCACGCGUGUGCUGGACACAUUCUGCUGGAUUCAUUCCACGUUCAGCGUCAAGGACUCCUGGGACAAGAAAGUGGGCACUCAGAUUCCCUAUCCCGGCGUGGAUAAGUACUCGCCGGGUGAGAAGCGAGUGUACCACGCCUACUACCAAUGGGUCUGCUUCGUGCUCUUCCUCCAGGCCGUGCUCUUUUACGUACCUCGCUACCUGUGGCUCGCAUGCGAGGGCAGCAAAAUCAGCACGCUCGUGCUCGACCUCGGCUCGCCCAUCCUGAGCGAUGAAAAGCGAAAGCACAACCGCAAACUCCUCCUCGAGUACUUCUCCAACAAUGUAGGCCAGCACCAAAUGUACGCCUUCCACUAUUUCUUCUGCGAGCUGCUCAACUUCGUGAACGUCAUCGGACAAAUCUACCUCAUGGACCACUUCCUCGGUGGCGAGUUUACGACGUACGGCUUGAAGGUCCUCCAGUUCAGCGAGUGGGACUGGUCCGUGCGUUCCGACCCCAUGGUUAAAGUCUUUCCGAGGCUUACGAAAUGCACUUUCCACAUGUAUGGUUCGUCCGGUGACGUGCAGAAGCACGACGCCAUGUGUGUCCUCCCGAUCAACAUUAUCAACGAGAAGAUAUACGUGUUCCUCUGGUUCUGGUUUGUCAUCAUAGCCGUGGUCUCUGCCCUUGUGCUGGUGUACCGUGUUGUGCUGUUCAUUUCGCCUAUGACCAGGUAUCACGCCAUCAAGUCAAAGGCACGCCUGACCAACGGUACCCAGCUGGAGCGUGUGCUGGAACGGAGCCAAAUAGGCGAGUGGUUUUUGCUUGACCUGCUCGUCAAGAACUUAGACCCGGUCCACUACAGGGAUCUCAUCACGGAUCUUGACAAACACCUGGGAAGCAACAUCACCGAGCACGUUUGAUAACGCACGUUAAGUCAGCCUGUUGCUGCUCUGACCGCUGAGAUGCAUUAAUGAAACUGAAUUCCUUGCCUCAAAUAAGCGUGCGUGGAUAUUUUUUUUCUCCCUGGCAACGACUCCUGGCAAGUCAGGUUGUGCAUGUUCACUUCUCGU